UUCUUCUUCUUCUUCUUCUUCUGAUCAAAACUCACUCUAGACUUUCCCCAAAGCUAUGGGAUUUGAGAGCUCUUCAUCAGCUGCAAGCAACAUGAAACCUCUUGGCGAUUCUAAGCCUCUUAAAUCCAAUACUUCUCAAUACUCUGUCGAUGCUGGUCUCUUUGCUGAUUUCGAUCACUCCAUUUACUCUGGCAAGUCUUUUAACUACUCCAAAUCUGUCAUUUCGCCACCCAAUUACGUUCCUGACGAGCACAUCACUGCUUAUUUGUCUAACAUCCAAAGAGGCGGUCUUGUUCAGCCUUUUGGUUGUUUGAUUGCUGUGGAAGAACCUACUUUUAGGAUACUUGGUGUUAGUGAGAACUGUGCUGAGUUCCUUGGUUUGUUGUCUCUUGCUUCGAGCUCUCAUUGUGGGGAGGUUAGUAAGGUUAAGGGUUUGAUUGGAACCGAUGCAAGGACGCUUUUCACGCCUUCUUCUGGAGCUUCUUUGGCUAAAGCUACUACCUUUACGGAGAUUUCGUUGUUGAAUCCUGUUUUGGUCCAUUCUAGGACCACCCAGAAGCCUUUUUAUGCUAUACUUCACAGGAUUGAUGCGGGGAUUGUAAUGGAUUUGGAGCCUGCUAAAUCUGGUGACCCGGCUUUGACCCUAGCAGGUGCAGUUCAGUCUCAAAAGCUCGCCGUUAGGGCCAUUUCUAGGCUGCAGUCACUUCCUGGAGGAGAUAUUGGUGCUUUGUGUGAUACUGUUGUGGAAGAUGUUCAGAGACUUACCGGUUAUGACCGUGUUAUGGUCUAUCAGUUUCAUGAAGAUGAUCACGGUGAAGUUGUUUCUGAGAUCAGAAGAUCGGAUUUGGAGCCUUAUUUGGGAUUACAUUACCCUGCAACUGAUAUUCCUCAGGCAGCUCGGUUCUUGUUCAAACAAAACCGUGUCCGAAUGAUUUGUGAUUGCAAUGCAACUCCGGUAAAGGUUGUUCAGAGUGAGGAACUCAAGAGACCACUUUGUUUAGUCAAUUCUACUCUAAGAGCUCCUCAUGGAUGCCACACGCAAUAUAUGGCAAAUAUGGGCUCUAUGGCUUCCCUUGCACUCGCGAUUGUGAUAAAAGGCAAAGAUUCAAGCAAGCUUUGGGGAUUAGUUGUAGGCCAUCACUGUUCUCCUAGAUACGUUCCAUUCCCAUUACGGUAUGCUUGUGAGUUUCUGAUGCAAGCAUUUGGACUUCAGCUUCAAAUGGAGCUUCAGUUAGCAUCACAGUUAGCUGAGAAGAAGGCUAUGCGGACGCAGACCUUGUUGUGCGACAUGCUUCUCCGUGAUACUGUUUCUGCUAUUGUGACACAAUCUCCGGGUAUUAUGGACCUUGUGAAAUGUGAUGGAGCUGCAUUAUAUUACAAAGGAAAAUGUUGGUUGGUUGGUGUUACUCCUAGUGAGGCGCAAGUUAUAGACUUGGUGACUUGGCUGGUGGAGAAUCAUGGUGAUGACUCGACGGGGUUAACAACUGAUAGUUUGGUGGAUGCGGGAUACCCUGGUGCCAUCUCACUUGGAGAUGCGGUUUGUGGUGUCGCUGCCGCGGGAAUUUCUUCAAAAGAUUACUUACUUUGGUUCAGAUCCAAUACUGCACGUGCAAUCAAAUGGGGAGGAGCUAAACAUCACCCUAAGGAUAAAGAUGAUGCCGGAAGAAUGCAUCCCAGGUCAUCAUUCAAAGCGUUUCUUGAAGUUGCAAAGAGCAAAAGCUUGCCGUGGGAAAUCUCAGAACUUGAUGCUAUCCAUUCCCUGAGGCUGAUAAUGAGAGAGUCAUUUACCAGCUCCAGGCCAGUUUUGUCUGGUAAUGUUGUGGCAAGAGAUGCUAAUGAGCUUACUUCUUUUGUGUGUGAAAUGGUCAGGGUGAUUGAAACUGCAACUGCACCUAUUUUUGGUGUUGAUUCUUCUGGAUGUAUCAAUGGUUGGAACAAGAAAACCGCUGAAAUGACAGGAUUGUUAGCUAGUGAAGCCAUGGGGAAGUCACUUGCCGAUGAGAUUGUUCAAGAGGAAUCACGCGUAGCUCUUGAAAGUCUGUUAUCCAAAGCUCUACAAGGUGAGGAGGAGAAAGGCGUAAUGCUAAAACUGAAAAAGUUUGGCCAAAACAAUCAUCCAGAUUCCUCUUCUGAUGUGUGUGUUCUCGUGAAUUCAUGCACGAGCAGGGAUUAUACUGAAAAUGUCAUUGGCGUCUGCUUUGUUGGUCAAGACAUCACUAGUGAGAAAGCGAUAACAGAUAAGUUCAUUAGAUUGCAAGGAGAUUACAAGACUAUUGUCCAAAGCUUAAAUCCGUUGAUUCCACCGAUUUUCGCCUCAGAUGAGAAUGCUUGUUGUUCAGAGUGGAAUGCAGCCAUGGAAAAGCUUACGGGAUGGUCAAAACAUGAGGUGAUUGGAAAAAUGCUACCCGGUGAAGUCUUUGGAGUUUUUUGUAAAGUGAAAUGCCAAGAUUCGCUCACAAAAUUCUUGAUCUCUCUGUACCAAGGAAUUUCUGGUCAUAAUGUUCCAGAGAGUUCACUGAUUGAGUUCUUUAAUAAGGAAGGGAAGUACAUAGUAGCAUCCAUAACCGCGAACAAGAGCACAAACACCGAAGGGAAAGUUAUCAGAUGUUUCUUCUUCUUGCAGAUUAUCAAUCAAGAAUCGGGUUUGAGCUGCCCAGAACUGAAAGAGAGUGCUCAAAGCCUCGACGAAUUAACUUACAUAAGGCAAGAAAUCAAGAAUCCUCUCAAUGGUAUCCGAUUUUCACAUGAGCUUCUUGAAUCCUCAGAGAUUUCAGCUAGCCAAAGGCAGUUUCUGGAGACUAGUGAUGCUUGUGAGAAGCAGAUCACGACAAUAAUCGAAGGCACAGAUUUGAAAAGCAUAGAGGAAGGCAAGUUGCAAUUGGAAACAGAGGAGUUUCGAGUUGAAAGCAUCUUGGACACAAUCAUUAGCCAAGUGAUGAUUAUGUUGAGAGAGAGGAACUCACAACUCAGGGUUGAAGUUGCCGAAGAGAUCAAAACUCUGCCUCUCUAUGGUGACAGAGUAAAGCUUCAGCUCAUUCUUGCUGAUAUUCUGCGCAACAUUGUGAAUCAUGCCCCGUUUCCAGAUAGUUGGAUAGGAAUCAAUGUCUCACCAGUCCACGAGCUUGCACGUGACAAUGCCCACUAUAUCCAUCUGCAGUUCAGGAUGACGCAUCCAGGUAAAGGACUUCCUUCAGAGAUGCUAAGUGAUAUGUUUGAGACUGGAGAUAGAUGGGUCACGCCUGAUGGUUUAGGUCUUAAGCUUUCACGGAAACUGCUGGAGCAGAUGAAUGGUCGUGUGAGUUAUGUUCGAGAAGAGGAACGUUGUUUCUUCCAGGUGGAUCUUCAAUUCAAGACAAUGUUAGGUGUUAAAUCUAGAGGAACAGAGGCUGUUUCAAGCAUAAAGUAGAAAUUUUUGAGUUACAAUAAGGCAUAGUAAAAUUUAAUGAAAUUUGGUAGUUUCAAUGCCUGAAUAUAACCAAAUGUAUCAAUGAGAACAAAGGUUUCAUUAUUUAUGACCAAUAAGAUGUAUCUUUUAAGUAUAUUUAUGUACACGUUUCUUGGAUAGAUGAUUUAGUCGACCAAGACAAAAACAAUACACAACCAUCAAAUUACAUGUCUAGAUCAAAGAAACCUUUCUGAUUCCGGAAACCAAAAGAAAAAAAAAAAAAAAA